UUGUGUGCCGUGUUGUUCAUUCGGCGCCACGCUCCCAUGGUCGUGGCAUAAAAAAAUAGUCUUUCAAUUCAUUUUUCUUCACCUUUUACCUGUGAAAAAAAAUCACAAACAGUGUGAGAAUUGCAAGAGAAGCCCCCAAACAAUAACACAAUUAAUUAAAGUGCCUUCACGGACGCUCCUUGCUUUUUUGUGAUCUCUUAUAGUUUCUUUUUUUUUAGGACCUGCUCCCAAAGAAUUUAGUUUCUUUGACCAAUGAUCACGAUCAAUAACCAUCCUUGUGUAGCGCGAAAAAAGGAAAUAAUCUUUGUUUGCAAAAUCAACGUCUCACCCCGCAUGUAUCGAUGAUGUGAAUUGCAAAGUGAGGGAAAGAAAGAGAAGAAAAAACGAUGGGAAAGAUAGUGAAUAGUGUGAGAAUGUGCAAAAGACACAAAAGAAGUGAAAUUAAAUCAAUAAUUGCCGUGUGCAUUCUAUCUGUGAUUCUCCAAUGUGUUCGAGGGCAGGAUGUUGAGCUCCUCAAUGACAUCGACGGCUACACACUCGAGCCGCACUCAACGGACAGCCAUCCACAGCCGUUGGAUCAUGUCCAAGAGACGAGUGAGUUCAUCGAACUUCCUGGCGGCUCCGUGACCGCCGAGAAGAUUCUCCAUCGCGCCGAGAAACCCUACCUCCUCCUUGGGGACCUCGAUGUUGAGACAUCGGGGCGUCUCGUGAUCGAACCCGGCGUUGUCAUGCACUUUGCCCCCUCUGUGGGUAUUACUGUGCGAGGAAUUAUCCAAGCUGUGGGAAGCGCCACUAAUCGGAUUGUUUUCUCGCCACGACCCACCUUUCAUGACACUCACCUCGAUGAGGGGACCUUCGUCACGCCUGAGGAUCUGGGGGCGAGGCUCGUGGAUGGCCCUACGCCACUUGAAGGACGCCUGCAGAUCUUCCACAAAGGAAAGUGGCGAUCGGUGUGCACGAAUUCGAGGAACUGGACAAUCCCUGACUACGAGGUAGUCUGCAGGCAGAUGGGUUUUCAAGGUGGCCGUUUCUGGAAUUGGAUGGACAGGAUCCAGAAUUUCCAGCCACGGCUGCUGUACGAAGAGCCCGAAUGUCGCGGAAGUGAGGAUACUCUAUUCAAGUGUUCCUGGGAUCGCCGACAACUUGGAUCAGGUGCUUGUGACUACCACAAUGACAUUGGGGUUCAGUGUCUUCCACUGCAUGCAUCGGAGAUGCACUACUGGCGAGGAAUACGCUUCGAAUAUGCCAUCGCUGAACCCCAAACAGCCAACAAUGCUGUCUUUGAAUCCAUGUCACUCUCUGAGAUAAAAUACGUCGACAUUCAGAGAGCUGGAUAUGGACGUGGAGGUGCCACAACGUCAGCUAUUGAGGUGCUGGGGAAUCCUCCAGUCCUACACCACGUAACGGUAGAUCAUUCAGCCUACACGGGGAUCAAUGUUACGAGAUCUGAAGCAGCUUUCACAUUUCGGGAUGUUACUGUGCGACGUAGCAGAGGAAUUGGAAUCUUUGUCAACUCCAGCUAUGGUUUGGCCCAUUUUGAGGGUUGCACCGUGAGUAGCAGUGGCGCUGAUGGAAUCAAAUACGAAGGACAUGAUUGGCGCUUCAAUGAACGUCCCGGACAGCUGAGGAUCUACGAUUUGUGCUCUCUCCCUACAACUGCUGGGCAAAUCUAUCCCAUAUGGCUCUCUGUAGAUCAAUCGCAAUUUUCCGCAGUACCCAAAGAAUGCGGGAAGUACUUCUUCACACGGCCAGGAUUUCGGCUAACAGUAUCCUUCCAGCAGUUUGUCCUGACCCGAAAUGAGACUUCGCAAAUUGAAAUCUUCGAUGGAGCUUCUCCCAAUGAUAGAUUGCUGGGAAUGUGGUCAGCAAGGAAUUACACUCGACCGCAGAGCUUAACCAGCACCCGGGAGAAGAUCUACGUGAGAUUCCGGGCAGAGGCGAGAGCUGAAAUGGUUGGGUACCUCCGGAUAACGGCGGGGCAGAGCAAAACAUAUGAUCUCAAUGUCACAAAGAGUCGCAUCGAGGACAAUGGAGGGCCGGGUGUUGCGGUGAGAAACCUCCGAUCUCAGGUACACGUCCACACGAGUAUGAUCAACAACAAUGGCCACGCUGCCGGGUUGCACGUGGUCAACGGGGCGGGAGAUGUGAAUGUGACGGAAAGCAGAAUUGGGUUCAAUCAGGGCAGUGGCAUCAACAUCACAUACUUCGGUGGGAAUAGAAACAUCUCACGCACUUAUCUCACGGGAAAUCGCGAAUAUGGCUUUGCUGUGUGGCUCAAUCAAACUUUCAAAGACAGAGAGGAGUUCUUUCCCUUCAAUCAAACCACCGCCGUGCAGUAUUCUGAAAUCUUCCGGAACUUCGAGACAGGCAUCUAUCAUGGAAACUAUUCAGGGGAUUCAUGGGUGAAUAUCACUGGCAAUUGGUUCAACGACAGCCAAUCGCAUUCCGUGGAAAUUCAGACGUGCUGGUUCCCAGAUCAAAAUGGCACAAGGCUCAAUCUUCAAAUUGGUCAGAAUGUUUUUGAGCAUGACAACAAAAUUGGUUUGCUGAUCAGUCCUGCGCUGAAUGUGCAUGGAAGGAUUGAGUUUAAUGAGUUCCGAAGAGGAACUUUUGGUGCUCUCCUCAUUCGGAAUAGACCACUGGAGGAGUUCCGGCAGAUCCCUGCUAGAUUUAUUGUUCAGCACAAUCAAUUCUAUCGCAAUCGAGGGAUUUAUGUAGCCUCUUUGGGUCUAUCUCCGUACACAACGAGACGAAUUCAAUCGAUUCUUUUCACGAGAAACUUCAUAAAGGAUAAUAAAAUCCAGGAAGCUUUUGGGCCAACCGAAGAUGAGGGUGUGGAAGGUGAAGGUGGAGUUGGAAGGCUAAAUCCACGAUCUCGCGUAGCAGCUCCCGUCGUGAUCUCCUCAAGCAACGUAGACAUUUUCAGGAAUAUUUUCUUCAAUCCUGACUCAAAGUACGAAGUAGGAUCUCAGCUCUCUGAUCAAAGUGAAGUCCUCAAUGUAACGUUCAACUACUUGGGGCAUACUGAUGAGGCAAGGAUCUUUGCAAAACUCUUCCACAGAUAUGAUCGCUAUGAUUUAGCAAAGAUCAACUACUUCCCCUAUUUGCUGCAUCCAUCGAAUCCUGGAACAAACAAGAUCUCAGCAAUUCCAACAUUUGUGCCAUCAUUCCAGUCUGAAGGAUUCGACAGAGUAGGAGGUGAGAUAGAUGGGCAAAUUACACUUACAAGUGGAUCCUAUACAGUUGAGAAGGAUAUCAACGUUCGUCCUGGCGGGAAGCUCGUUAUUCAUUCAGGAGUUACGUUGAAUUUUGUUCCUAACGUCGGUUUUAUGGUAGCAGGAAAACUCGAAGCACGUGGACGUCAUCCAGAUGACAUUAUGUUCACACUUAAGCGUGAACCAGUUGCAACAGCAGACAACGAAACCAAUGAAGCCUUCACAAUGGAAGCCGAGAUGAUGGAUGCAGAGACAGAGCCCAAUGUUGAGACAACACCAACAGUCCCAGUUCGUCUUCUUGGCGGUAUAGAUGAGCACGAAGGACGGCUACAGGUGUACGUUGAAGGAAAAUGGGGAACUGUUUGUGACUACGGAUGGAAUAUUAUAAAUGCAGCUCUGGUUUGUCAUCAACUGGGAUUAGCACUGAAUCCAUACGAUUGGAGACUUCAACGAUCUGAAGUCCCAGGUGCUGGAACAUCUGAAGAUAUUGUUUUGUCUCACGUUCGUUGCACAGAACAUGAUAUUGAUAUAACACAGUGCAGAUCUGAAAGGGCAGAUCGAGGGGAGUUUGAGAAUUCCUGUACGCACGAGCACGACGUUGGGAUACGUUGCUAUGAAGGAGCCUGGGCAGGAGUACGUUUUGGAGUACUCUCUGAAAGGGUUGAUUUGCAGUACGUGACAAUUGAGAAAGCUGGAGUCUUUGACUAUUCAACGAAUACCUUCAAACCAGCCCUUCAAAUGGACUUUGCUAGGCACAAUCUGGAAAAUGUCCGAAUAGUCAAUAAUCUCCAUGAUGGGCUAGGUAUUGUCUAUUCGGACAUAUUUGGCGGCAAUGGCAUAAACAAUGUUGUACACAGUGAAUUCGCCAAUAAUCGCGGCAAUGGGAUUAGCCUCAAACAACUCGGGCUCAGGGUACAGUCAUCAACAAUACGGGAUAAUGCAGCAUCAGGAAUUACCCACGAUCCUGUCCUUUCAGCUGUUGAGCAGAGAGAAAUUGCAGGAUGGUUCCAUAUUCCAACAGAUAGGAAUGUCGAACCUGAUUACAAUGCUGAGGAGUCUCAUUACCGGCCUUUUAUGCUGCCAGAUCACAAUGAAGCCAUUGAGCUCGAAACCUGGCAAAUCUAUCACAUAAUCACUGCCAAACACAUUGGAGAGCCUGUGGAGAGAACGUUCAACAUUCGAUGCCAACCAGGAUAUGUUAUUGGAAUUCAACUGCUGAAUCCAGUUCAAAAUCACUCGACUGAAGAUAUUUGGUUCCACGACGCACAAACACCCAAUCAUCGAUCGGACAUUUGGCAAGUUUCACGUGAUCUUUCUGUCUUCCCAGUUACGAGCAGUUCAUACGGAAUCAUCCUACAUUAUCGUAGUGGGGAACUUGGACUAGGUGGAGUAGUUCUUACACUCUCAACCAUACCAGCUCCUGUACAAAAUAUUCGCAACAGGAUUGUACGAGGACCUGUUCCCACGCUCUAUGUAACAGGAACGAAAAUUCAAAGGAACCUCAGAGGGGUUUCUGCUACGUACUACAACAGAUAUUUGGGAGAAAAGGGUGAGCAUUAUCUGAGAAAAGCCAAUGAAUCGAUGAAGAUUGUAAAGUCAGAGAUCAGCCAUAACCGUGAGGAAGCAAUGUUCAUCCACUCACCUUUCUGGGAUGUUCACGUUAGCAAUAUUUCCGAAAUCACAAUUCACGUCAACAGUUCCAUGAUCGUUGACAAUGGACGGGGUAUAAGGCAAUUUUCGAAGGAUCUCCGAUCGUCAAACAAUCUCUUCCACUACGUUCUGCAGGAUACAACUGUUGAGAGAAAUUCCUUAGGUGGAAUGGAAGUGAGUCUACCCUUCGUGUGGCAGUACAAUGAAAAUUUCACUCAUUCAGUGUAUUUGGGUAAUACAACGUGGACGAAGAAUCGAAACUUUGGCAUUAUUAUAUCAGGACACUAUGCGGAGGUCAAUAUAACAGGCAACAGCUUCACGGAGAAUAAUUGCUUAGCAGGAUUGAUUGGCUUCAGAGGAAUGGAGAAGAAGCUGAAGAUUGAUUACAACCAAAUUGCGGAAAAUAAUGGAAAAUUCAUGGUUGAAUUCAAAGCAGAUAGUCAGAGUGAAAUUCUAGGGACUGUUCAUGCUGUUUUCGUUUACAACGACAUCAGGAAUAAUCGCUUUGAGGCUCCGGGUUUAACAAGAGGCCUGUCAAUGGCUCUGCGUGGUAGGCAACAACGCCGAUCAGAUCCUACAACUGUUAUUGGCUUCGGAGGCAUUCAAAAGGUCAUGAUCAGGAGAAACCUCAUCACAAACAAUAGAAUGGACUAUGAUUUGGUAGCAGGAGUUAUUUCAGCGCGGCUCAGCAAUUUCUUAGAUGCCACAGAGAAUUGGUGGGGAUCAAUUGAGGUUGAUCACAUCCACACGAGGAUUUUUGACUUUGAUGACUGGAAUAAUCAUGCGGAAGUUAUCUUCAGACCUUUCCUGCUAGAAGACAAUGUUGAUGCAAGCAUGUCUGUGUCAUUCAACGAACGAAGACCUGUUGAUCUUGACAAUUUAGGUGGGAGAAUCUUUGAAGAUCUUUCUAUCUUCCGCCGUGAAGUUCCUUACGUCAUAAAAAGCGACAUAACUGUUAUGCCGGGAGUUACACUAUCAAUUGGAACCGGUGUGGAGAUGGAGUUUGCUCCAAAUGUGGGAAUUCUAGUGCUAGGAACCUUGCAUGCAGUUGGAAGUAGCAAUGGUGAGAUCAUAAUGCGACCCAUUGCUAGGCAAACAGCUGAACUCAAUCGUAUUGAGAGAUCGCUUGAGAAUCUCGUUGUGCAUGAUUCCAUCAGGCUGUGCACAAAUAGGAAUUGUUCAUAUGAUGAGAAUGAAAUAGAUCCAACUCAUCAGGGUUUUCUGGAGUACUUCAAUCACACCACACUUCAAUGGGUUCCAAUUUGCGAUCGUCGCUUCACGGAGAGGAAUGCGCAGGUUGUUUGCAGGGAGCUUGGAUUUGAUCCGCUGAAUGUUUUCUUCGCCCAUGACAGGCGCAUUGAAUUCCACACAAAUUCCCUGACGAGGAUCUGGUCGUGGGUUGAACCACUGGAAUGUGAAGGGGAUGAGAAUCGUCUUGAGGAGUGUCCGGAAAGAUUGAACGGGCAACUCUAUGGGCGUCGGCAUGAGUGCAAAUGGUUCGAUGAUUUUGUCUUUGUGAGCUGCCAAGGGGAUCCGGAUAAGAAGGACUACUGGGGAGGAGUUAGAUUUGCAAAUCCUGACUUUGAGAGCAACUUCUUCGAUCAACGACUGCAAGAUUCACGAAUUAGUGGACGUCCGGGGGAGAGUACGCUGGAACAAGUGAGAAUUGAGAGUGCAGGAAUCCUGCAUGGUGAGAAGUCUCCUGCUGUUCAGUCUGUUUUCAAAAAUCCCCGAAUAUCAUCGGUUACAAUAAGGAAUUCAGCUCACCAUGGAUUGAAUUUGAUCUCACCCACUGGAAGUGUUCAUGUGCAGUUCCUCCGAGUUUUUGGGACAUUGGGUCAGGGAAUCAAUGCAAUCUCCUUGACGGGAGAGGGGCGUGAAAGUGAUGAAUCCAGCUUUACACCUCUACGUUCUCUCGAUCUUCCCUAUUCUCUCUUCUCCCUGGUUGAUAUCUGUGAUACCGAGAAGGAGAUCACGAUUGAGGAACGUGUGAUCCUCUACUACAAAUACGACAACAAUCCCGUAAAUUGCGUUAAGAUCUUCAACAGUGCCUACAGGGUUAAACCUCUUGGAUUUAGACUCCUUCAGUCGAAUCUCUUCAAUCAUUCCCGCGAGUAUGGGCGACGCGAUGGGAUUCAUCUCUUUGACGGAGACAUUUACAAUGUGACUUUUGCAAAGAAAAUUGGCGUGAUUGAGGCGGAUUCCGGGAAUGAUAAGCAACUCUUCCGCACUACAUUCCCAUCGCUAAGUGUUCGUCUCGUGGCUAGUGGAGCUCCAGCUGAUCAUGGGUUCUUUGCAGAAAUUGUAACUCUUCCCAUCUCUGCCAUUGGAUUCAAUCGUGAUUCGCAGCACAAUGUUUCUAAUUCGGAGAUUACUGGAGCCAUUCGAGGGGCUGUUUCGUACUCAACAGCUGGAGAAGUGUCCCCAACACUCACCUUCGAGCACAAUCGUUUCAUGAGGAACUGCCAGCAGCUCUAUGGGAAUUUUUCAACGUGUGAAGCAACAGUGAGGCUUGAUGUGCAAAAUAUGCAAUCCUUGUUCUUCAGGAAUAAUCUAGUUCAGUCAAAUCAAGGUGGACUAUUCAUACGUUCCGACUCGAGAGGAUCAGCUACAUCCUUGCGUGGAUGGGUGCAUCAUAAUCUCUUCACGGGCAACCUAAAUCGCCCAUCCUUGCACGUUGAGGGUCGCCAGUCAUCACCAUACCAGGAAAUAACAGUCUUCAAGAACUACUUCACGCAAAAUUUGGCUGCAUAUGAAAAUGUGAUCAGGCUGAAGCAGGUGGUGUCCAACUUCUCCAACAAUUACGUCCAUAGGAAUCGUGGUGGGAGAAUUGUGGAAAUUUCAGGCUUUGACAAAGUUCGCCUUCCUAUUUAUCAAACAACCUCCCACAAUGGUUUCUAUCACAAUGUUGCCACUGAUUGGCGUGGGAGAGCAACAGUGGUGGCGGGAACAGCUGGACAAAACUAUGUGGACAAUAUUUUCUACAAUCCCGACAAUGACUACGAAAUGAUCACAGUCAAUCGAUCAAUAUUCGAGUUUCAAUUCUGGAACAGUACGCUUGAUGUGUGGAAGACAAAGAUCGAUGCCCGACAUAAUUACUGGCACUACAACACAACACUCGCAGUUAGUGGGAGGAUCAGAGAUCGCGCAGACGAUCCGACCCUCUUGGAAGUACAAUUCCUGCCAUUUUACAUGAAUAAUGAGACAAUCCUCGAUGGGAAGUGCCCACCAGGGUGGACCCUGAUCGUGGACACGUGCUACAUUUUCGUCGGUGCCCCCAUGACGUUUUACGAAGCGCGAGACUUUUGUCGGUCCGACAAUGCCUCAAUGCCCUUCAUAAGAGGUGAUACAUCACCCCUGUGGCACUUCCUCUCACGCCAAAUGAUGCACUUUAGCAGAGGCAUUGAGAGGGUUUGGGUGCAGGACUUGAACUUUAUUGAUCAGUGCACAACAUUCUUCUUCCGCAACAUUGAAUUGGAUUCCUGUGACAAUCGUAGGACAUUUGUCUGCGAAAUUGAUCCCAAGGUGAUGAUCGAUCCUCUGUCAUGGCGUGCCGAUUUGUUGACCAUCGGCCUGAUAUCUCUGCUUUGCCUGCUAUUCCUGCUGCUCUUCUUCGUGCUGUGCUGCUGGUACUCCAAGUCUCGUGUGCGACACGUGCAGCGCCUUCAGCGACGAAAUAGCAUCCGACAGAGCUUGAGGAGUCUCAACAGCAUUGACCCCCAGGGCUCCAUGAGGCGCCGCAAUAUGAACAUGUCACGCUCUAAUGAUAUCCUCAGCACAACCACUGGGACGGAUUACAAGAAAAUGCCGUCUAAUGGGUCAAUUGAUUCCAUUGAGAAGAGUGCCCUUAGCUCUGAAACGAGCUACGAUAUGUACGAUACGCAGAACAAUGGGGCCCAAAGCGAGUAUUCCCGGAAAGCACCCCAAGGGUAUGGUAACGAAUUUCUUUCGAAUAAGUACGGCGAGUAUGCGAACCAGAAAGCACAACGGAAUGAAACAGCCAAGACACCCAAAGUUUAUGGAUUACCACAGUAUGAGCCACAGGGCUUUGAAUUGUCGUAUCGAAAUGAGGGUUUCCGGGAUAAUUCAACCUUUUCCGGGACACGCCAAAACUCCAUUAGCACAACAAUCAACGAAGAUACCCCGAUUAUUCAGCAGGUGGAUCCCGAUGAGACGGGAUCUGACUACUAUGGUAAUUCAAGCACCCUUCCGCUACGUCAUCGGGAUGAAAAUUUGAGCUUCCUCAGUGAACUGAAGACUCGACUCCCAGACUAUGAACCCCUUCCGCGGCAGAGCCCCAGCCAUAGUAGCUUCCUGCCUGCACCCCCGACUCCGCCCACACAGAGUCAAAAGACUUUCACCCCUGCCGGGCCAGAUGGGUACCAUCAGCCACAAAUACGACGGCCUGACUACCCGCCGCCCGAGGUGAAACGCCCAGAGUCCUACUACACGGCCAUGAAGGCGGCCCGGGACUCACAAAUGCCACCGCAGGGGUUACCCGUGAGUCGCCCCAGGACGGUGUAUGAACCCUCCGGGGAUGAGAGAGUACCUUCGAAGACGUACUCCCGAUCAAAGUCGGAAGCCCUCCUCGAGACAAACUUCGACGAGGGCCCAUCGAGUCCAACUCUCAAGCCCGACAAUCGGAGCUACAGCCAACCACUUGAGACUGCAAUGUAACUUUUAGGCAUUCCCCCAUUUUCCGACCCCCAAAAGCGCCUUAAAAAACAUCCAUUUAUACAUUUUAAGUUCAUCGCGAACGGUUAUUUUGUAAAGAAUUAGUUAGAGAUUUUUAUUAAAAAGAAAUAAUUAAAUGAAAGUUAAUUAAAAACUAAGAAAACUGACGAAAUUCCAAUUUUAAAAUAAAGCAUUUUUUCUAAUGAUGAGUAUUUUAGAGAUUAGAUUUUCUAUUUAGGAGAAUAGCUCGACCUUUUUGUAACAUAUUGGAACAAAUUAAGUGUUGAGAGCGCGAUAAUUUGUGAUGCGAUAGAGUGAGUAGGUAGAUAAAAGACACACAAAGAGCAUUUUUAUAUAAGAAUCGACAAAUAAAAAAAAUUGUUUCGAGAACAAAGAGUUAUAAUCUGAAUAAAGAGAUCUUAAGUA